AUGCCUGCUGCCAACUCCGCAGCACGCAUUCACAAGUGUGGGCCCUGGGGGCCGUGGUCUCCCUGCAGACCCCACUCCCGAGGUCCCCGAACUCAGCUCCCUUCCCAGCCAGGGGAUCCCCGCGCCUGCCGGUGGGUCCCGGGCGACGCGCCCUCCACGCCUGCCCGCGCUCCCCGGGUUCCACUUUCACUUUCGGUCCCGGGCCGGCGAGGCAGGCGGCCGCGGCGAGAAGGGGAGCCGGGCCUCGGACCCCCAGGUACGGCACGCGGGGCCCACGUCAGCCCGCAGGGAGGGCGCGAGGCCGGAGGAGGGUGCGGCCGGACUUCCCGCACCGCCUGGAGGCUGGAGGCCUGGGCGCCGGGAGGCGGCUGCGAGGCAGGGAGAGAGGUGCGGCAGGCUGGGCUGGGCCGGGGUCUGCAGGGAUCGCUGGGUCCGGCCCGCCCCGCCCCGCCCCCGUCCUUUGCCACUGGCGGAGGUCGGGGGCGCACGGCCCACGCGCCAGCUCCGCGCGCUCCCCUGCCGCGCGGGCCCCACUCGCACGGCGCGCACCGCCCUGCUGCUGGAGCCCUGCCAGCCGCACUGGCCACCUACAGAGGGGACAGAGCAGGGACUGGAGGACCUCCGGGUUAG